AUGGCUCCUCCAAAAAGCAUCCUCUUUCCACCUGAGAAGAUUUGCAUGGUCUGGCAGCAGAGACAGAGUGCAGGAGCAGGGCUCUUCAAUGCGGGCAACACGUGCUUCCUCAACGCUGUCCUGCAGUGCCUGACCUACACGCCGCCACUGGCCAACUACCUGCUGUCCCGAGAGCACAGCCAGGCCUGUCACCAGAAGGGUUUCUGCAUGAUGUGCGUCAUGGAAGCGCACGUUAACAGGGUCUUGCAUUCCCCUGCCAGUGCCAUCCGGCCUUCAGGUGUCCUCAAAGUUUUCAGACGCAUUGGAGAACAUUUUCAGCGUGGCAGGGAGGAAGAUGCCCAUGACUUCCUGUGCUGUACUGUUGAUGCCAUGCAGAGAGCUUGUCUGGGUGCAAGCAGCGACUUGGACCUCUCUUCUCAAUACACCACCAUUGUCCAUCAGAUAUUUGGGGGCUCUCUGAGAUCCAGAGUCACCUGCUUCAGCUGCAAUGCCAUUUCUGACUCCUACGAGGUCUUCCUGGAUAUCCCUCUGGAUAUCAGAGCUGCCUCUUCCGUCACUGCAGCUCUGGAGGACUUUGUGACACCCGAGCACCUGGAUGGUGAAAACUCCUUUAAAUGUAGCAAGUGUAAGAAGAAUGUAGCUGCCUCCAAGAGGUUCACAGUCCAUCGUGUGCCCAAGAUUCUCACGUUGUGCCUGAAAAGGUUUGACUGUUUCACCGGCGGGAAGAUCAGCAAGGUUGUGGAGUACCCCGAGUACCUGGAUCUUCGUCCAUACAUGUCCCAGGCAGAUGGAGAACCCCGCUGUUACUCCUUGUAUGCUGUCCUGGUGCACAGUGGGGUCAGCUGCCUUGGAGGACACUAUUUCUGCUAUACGAAGGCCGGUAAUGGGCUGUGGUACCUGAUGAACGAUGAGUCUGUGGAGCCUAGUUGCAUUGACACAGCUCUCAAGCAGCAAGCCUACCUGCUCUUCUAUGCCAGAGCUGCUGGCUGGCAAGAGGACCCCAGACUUCAGAUCAAGGACAGGCCUGGUGGUGCUCCCGCGAGGACCGAAGCCCCUGCUCUGCCUGCGUACCAGCGGACAAAGCUGCACACCUCCUCCUCCGUGUCACUCCUGGGAGCAGCAGCGGCGUGGGUGCGGCCCAUCGGGCCCCCACCCGAAGCUAACCCUAAUAAAGGCAUUAAAAAGUAG